AUGAGAGACGGCGUGCCUAAAGUGCAAGAAGCAGAAGAAACACAACAGCCAUGUCAACCAGCCUGCAGUUGCGCCAACCCCGGCGACCACGCCUGCCACCCCCUCCGUGCUCCUUUGAGCCGUAAAGCCAAGGCCACCCACGCCCAUGGCAAGGAGCUGGCCCCCGCUCCCAGCGACAACGAUCCCCUUUCGUCCGUCCCUUCUGACACUGAGAAGAAGGGAGCCGCCAAGCAGCAUGCUGCGGCCACCCGCCGCUCCAACCGUGUGGGCGAGCUCCAGCCCCCGCCCUUCCCCGAAGAUGCCUUGAAAGCGGCCUUCAUCGACCCUACUUUCGUCAAGGAGUUUCAGAAGAAGCUCGACGAGUUUGAGGAGAAGGACACCGCAGCCAAGGAAGCGUUGGUGGCUCUCAGGGCCUCCGCGGAUGCUGUCCAGCAGACCGUGGAGACCUUUGUCGCCACAUGGAUGGCUAGGGACCAAUAG